AUGGAUUGGAAGGAGAAGUGGGAGAUGAUAUAUAAGGCCCGGAUGAGGCAGAUUGUCCCGAGUCUCUUCCUUGGAAAUGUUCAGGCAUCGCACAAACGGGAAAUGCUUGAAGAGAACCACAUUAACGCAAUUGUCUCUCUUACUGAUGUUCGAUGGGUAUGGUGGAGUUCCAGUACAAGAAAUGCAGGCGUCCCAGAGCAUCGUCACAAAUGGAUUCAGUGUGCAGAUUCGUCGACGCAAGACCUCCUUGUCCAUAUGAGUGAUAUCUGCGACUUCAUCGACCAAAUGGCAUCCCCGGCUCUUUCCUCAUUGCUCUACUUGCCCGAUGAGCACAAACAUGAACUGAAUGACAAGCCACACGGUGAACCUUCGGAGGCGAUAUUGAUUCACUGCAACCUUGGGAUAUCACGCUCGCCGACGAUUAUCAUCGCCUAUCUCAUGCGCAAGUUCAACAUGCCGCAAGCAGACGUAUUGCGUUUUGUUCAAUCGAAGCAAAAAAUCAAACCAAGCGCGAAUUUCACUCGUCAACUUCACGUUUGGGAGGAGGUUGGAUACGAAAUAUGGGAGAACUAA